UUUACUACACUCACACGCGCCACCACCACCACCACCGUCACUCCUCCUCCUGCCGGCAUCCUCCCUCUCUGUGCGCUCGGCUCUCCUCCUCGUCUUCUGACUCGCCUGCCUGUCACUUCGCUGCUGCUGUGUCGGAGGCUCGGCUUCCCUCCUCUCGGACCCCCCGAACGAGAGCCAGCCACCAACACCACCACCGCUGUUCGUCGUCGUAUCAUCCCGAGGCUCGGGCGUUCCAACCAUGGCGACCACCGCUACGUCUACCCGGUUCACUGACGAGUACCAGCUGUACGAGGAGCUCGGGAAGGGAGCUUUUUCAGUGGUGCGCAGAUGUGUAAAGAAGUCGUCCGGCCAGGAAUACGCAGCAAAAAUCAUCAACACCAAGAAGCUGUCUGCACGAGACCAUCAGAAGCUGGAGCGUGAAGCUCGAAUCUGCCGGCUGCUCAAACACCCCAACAUCGUGCGACUGCAUGACAGCAUUUCAGAGGAAGGUUUUCAUUACCUCGUCUUUGACCUGGUGACAGGAGGGGAGCUUUUUGAAGACAUCGUGGCCAGAGAGUACUACAGUGAGGCCGACGCCAGUCAUUGCAUUAGUCAGAUCUUGGAGAGUGUCAAUCAUAUCCACCAGCAUGAUAUUGUGCACAGAGACCUCAAGCCUGAGAACCUGUUGUUGGCCAGUAAGAUGAAGGGAGCUGCAGUGAAGCUGGCAGACUUUGGCCUCGCUAUUGAAGUGCAAGGAGACCAGCAGGCUUGGUUUGGCUUUGCGGGCACGCCUGGCUAUCUCUCCCCGGAAGUUCUUCGGAAGGACCCCUACGGCAAGCCCGUGGACAUAUGGGCUUGUGGUGUUAUUCUCUAUAUAUUGUUAGUUGGUUAUCCUCCAUUCUGGGAUGAAGAUCAGCACAAACUCUAUCAGCAGAUCAAAGCUGGGGCCUACGACUUUCCUUCCCCCGAGUGGGACACGGUGACCCCCGAGGCGAAGAACCUGAUCAACCAGAUGUUGACCAUCAACCCGGCCAAGAGAAUCACUGCUGAGCAGGCCCUCAAGCACCCGUGGGUCUGCCACCGCUCCACAGUGGCGUCCAUGAUGCACAGACAGGAAACUGUCGAGUGUCUCCGCAAGUUCAACGCUCGCCGAAAACUCAAGGGAGCCAUCCUCACCACCAUGCUGGUGUCCAGAAACUUCUCAGUGGGCCGGCAGCAUACCAACUCUGCUGCUGCCGCCUCCUCCACUGCCUCACUGGCUCAGGAAGCAUGCAAAAGUUUACUCAACAAGAAAUCCGACUCUGCUAAGCCUUCCACCAACAACAGUAAGAACAGUAUAGUGAGCGCCAUCAGUGCCCUGAAAGACACCAACGCCCAGAUGGAAUCUCAAAGCACAGUGGUGCACAACCCUCCUGAUGGUGUCAAGGGAUCAACAGAGAGCAACGCCACCAAUGAGGAGGAGGAAAUGAAAGGUAGGCAAGCCGACAGUACAGCGCUGAGUCAGAGCAGCGCCACUGAGGAGAUGCCCCCGCUCCUGCCCUCACCUCAAAGUUCACCUGCCAUACCACAGCAUGAUGUAAAGCGCAUGGCUUGGAACAGCAUGGGCAACAGCAGUUCCUGCCCUGACACGGAGCUCCCUGCUUCCAUAGCGGGUGACACUGUCCCUACUAAAAGCAACAACGCUAAGCACACUCGCAAACAGGAGAUCAUCAAGAUAACUGAGCAGCUGAUCGAAGCCAUCAACAAUGGCGACUUUGAUGCCUACACAAGGAUUUGUGAUCCUGGACUUACUUCCUUUGAACCUGAGGCCCUGGGCAACCUGGUGGAGGGCAUGGACUUUCACAAGUUCUACUUUGACAACUUGCUAAGCAAGAACAACAAGCCAGUGCACACCACACUGCUCAACCCCCACGUGCACCUGAUCGGCGAGGACGCCGCCUGCAUUGCCUACAUCCGCCUCACACAGUUCGUAGACGUCACUGGCCGCCCACGCUCCAGCCAGUCGGAGGAGACCCGGGUGUGGCACCGCCGCGACGGAAAGUGGCUCAACGUUCACUUCCACUGCUCGGGAGCGCCUGCCGCGCCACUACAGUGAUCAGUGGUCCUGAGCCUCCACCCUGCUGGAGGCGUUUUGGGGGGCAGUUUUUUUCGACGAGCGUGUUUCGGGGGCGGAGGGGCUCGUCCCCUGCUUGGACGGGCUCGUGCCAGUGGCCCGGCCGGGCCAGAUUGCAUCCCUCUCCACAAUACCAACCAAUCCUGUCUCUCUUUUGACCCGCUGGGGGCGGUUUCAGCUGAGCACAAGACAAAGCCCGCCCUCCCUUGGCCGCCGCCUCCCCUCCCCCACUCUCGUGGGACGAUGCAUGCAUCUUGGCACCUGACUGAUUGCGGAGGGUGCGUCUUUGCCCUUUGACCCUCCCCCUCGGCAACCAUCUUUCUUGCGCCCUCGUGAGAUGGGACGUCCCAGGGGAGGAGCUGAUUUCCAGUUGUGACAGUUUAUAACUUAUGAUGAAUAUACUGUAAAUUAUUGCUAGAUGUUCCAGAAACCACCAAAACCCAACCAAGCAUUUAUAUUCAAUUCUUUUUUGUUGUUUUUUUUUUCGAAGGCAUGAAGCGCGACAUUACGACCCACGUCCCUCCGCGGAAAAGAGGAGACGGAAAAAAAAACGCAUCGAGGCGGGGAAGCGGGUUGGGGUGGAGGGUGUUGAGCCAGAGAUGAUAAAACUUGAUAUCAAAAACAUGAAGCACCAAAGUGUAGAACUGUAGGGGGGGGGCUCUGAUUUAAUGAUUUAAGGUUGCGUGUUCUGUUGUGUUUUUAGCGUCCCGUGACGAGCCUUUUUUUGUUUUGUCCGAUUGAUAUUCUAAGCUACUUUUUAACACUUUUUAGAGGAAAAAAAGAAGGGAUUUUAUUGUGUAAGCUUUUUCCCACGCACGUCCUGUCUUGUCCGUAUGCAGCAGGGGGCGGUAGAGGGCGCUUAGGCGGGGAAACUUAGGGUUAGGCGUUUGCAUGUUGGUCCUUUUGUCUUGUCCUCAGCCGUCCUUUUUUUGUUUGUUUGCCUGUUUCGCCCCCCGCCCCCCUGCUUCGCGCCAGGGUAGUUUGGUUCUAAUCACUGUAUGCAAACAGUGUGUGUAUAGAUGUAUGUAGAAAAGUGUAUCAUAUGUACAUGCAUCCUGUGCACCCUACACAAUGGGGCGGGGGGACCCACUCACCUCACCCACCUCACCUCAUACCUGUUCCCACCCUCUUGAAGAGAGAUUCCUUUGGCCACAAAGGAGGCCGCCAUUUUUAAACCAUCACCUAUUCCACAGCACGCCUGGUGCUGUGUUCAAACAUAUUCACACCGCCACCCACCAGUCCUCCUUAAUGUUGUGUGACCACCGCCCCCACUCUCGCUGUGCUCUUUGUCCCCAUCCACCUCCACUAGCUUUCAUUUUCCUGGGGAGUUUUGUCUUUUUAUUUUGCUUUUGUCUUAGUAAGUUACCAUGCUGGAGUCCUGCACGUGAGGCAGGAAGUGAAGCAACGCAGGCAGAGAUGGCUUUUUUUUUCGAGGGGGGGUGGGGUCAUUCAAUUACCGUGACCAACAAUCUGCUGCCCCCUGAUGGUUUUAAAAAUAAUUGUGCCUGCUCAGUGAGUUAGGGUGGGGGUCCCUCGGGCAGCCACGGGGGUGUAUUAGUUCUUAUGAUUCAGAUGAUUAUUAUUAUGCAUGUUUCAGUUACGCAUUUCUACCAUGUACGUACCUGAAUGAAGAUGGCGCUAAUGUUAAUAUUAUUAUGAUACUUGCAUCUUUUGAAAUGUCCUCCAUCUCGAAUGUUGACUAGGUGACAUGACGGUUUUAUUUAAAAAAAAACGUAACAAAAUUGAAAUCAUAAAAAAAAGGAUUCAGGAGCCGCGGCUUGGUAUGAGGCCCUCUAUGUUUUCUCCCCGCAUUGUAAUGGUAUGAAUAUUGGACUGCGCUUUCUCUCCCUUGCCCCCCACCUCCCCCUUGCCAGCCUUCAUGCGGACGCUGGAGUUUUUUUGCAUGAUGGUCAUGAUGUACAAUGAAAUACAACCAUAACUUGACAACUAUAAA